CCCUGGAAGCACAGAGAAGCCCCGCCCCUCCGGAUGACGUCAGUGGUCAUAUGACGGCGACGCGGAAGCGAGUGCAGAGAAGAUGAGCGUGUCUAUGGACAUCAGGCUGAAGCGGGCGAAUAAAGUGUAUCAUGAGGGGGAGCGAGUGACCGGAGUGCUGCUGGUCUGCAGUAAAGACGCGCUGCAGCAUCAGGGAGUCUCUCUCAGUCUGGAGGGACUGGUCAACCUGCAGCUCAGCUCCAAGAGCGUCGGAGUCUUCGAGGCCUUCUACAACUCCGUCAAGCCCAUCCAGUUGGUGUCCAGCAGCAUGGAGGUGGUGAAGCCGGGAAAGAUCCCCGCAGGAAGAACCGAGAUCCCCUUUGAGUUUCCGCUGCAGGCCAAAGGCAACAAAGUCCUGUACGAGACGUACCACGGCGUGUUUGUCAACAUACAGUACACGCUCCGCUGCGACAUGAGACGCCCGCUGCUCGCCAAAGACCUCAGCAAGACCUGCGAGUUCAUGGUGCACUGCCAGCCGCAGAAGUCGAAGCUGCAGCCGAACCCUGUGGAGUUCAGCAUCACUCCGGAGACGCUGCAGAACGUCAGAGAGAGGAGCUCCUUACCCCGCUUCCUCAUCAGGGGUCACCUGGACGCCACCAGCUGCGCCAUCACACGACCCCUGACCGGAGAACUGCUGCUGGAGAGUUCAGAGGUCGCCAUCAAGAGCAUCGAGCUGCAGCUGGUGCGGGUGGAGACCUGCGGCUGCGCGGAGGGAUACGCUCGAGACGCCACCGAGAUCCAGAACAUCCAGAUCGCUGAAGGAGACGUGUGCCGCGGCCUCUCCAUCCCCAUCUACAUGGUGUUCCCUCGCCUCUUCACCUGCCCGACUCUAGAAACCACCAACUUUAAAGUCGAAUUUGAGGUGAAUAUCGUGAUCGUUCUUCAAGAUGAUCAUCUGAUAACAGAAAACUUCCCGCUGAAGCUGGUCAGAGUUUGAGAAUCUGAUGCUUCGAUGAAGGAACUAUUCGAUUUUUCUUGCUAUGAAUGAGAAGUUGCCAUUUUCACCACAUCAAUUUACAUUUUUUGACUCUUUUGACCAUGAGUGAAUAUUUACACGUAUUUCUGUAAAAAAGUGUUUAUUAAAAUCAGCUCACCUGUGA